GCACAUAUCCAACAGUCCUGGCUCCAACCUGGGAGUUCAAUUUGGUGUUGGCCUGAGGCUGUUGUAGCUGGAAGCAUGGCGAGCAUUGACCAGCUGACAGAAAGGUUUUUAACAUACAACAAAAUGUACUGUUACAAUCAGCGGGAGCAGACCUUUGCAGAUUGGCCAUUUAGAGAGGACUGCAACUGUACACCUGAAAAGAUGGCCAAGGCUGGUUUUGUCCACUGCCCCAGUGAGAAUGAACCAGACGUGGCCUGCUGUUUCUUCUGUCUGCUUGAGCUCGAGGGCUGGGAGCCAGAUGAUGAUCCCGGGUCUGAGCAUGGAAAACGCUCCCCUAACUGUGGAUUCUUAUUAAAGAAUAAGGACUAUACUGAGCUGACUGUCUCUGAAUACUUCAACCUUGAAAAAGACAGGCUGAAAACCUACAUUGAUUAUUCGGAAGAAGAUAGUAGAAAUGUGUGAUGAAGCAGAUCGAAUUCUUGAGAUCCUAAAAUCUAUGUUGGAGAGAGAAUAAUUGCUGGGACUAAUAUUUUAAAUGUAAAAAAUAUCUUAAACUUUCCUUGAACACUUUUUUUGUUUUUUUUUAAAUGAGAAUAA